GAGUUGUCCCCCGGCCGCCGCUCGGAGGGGCCCGGCCAGCUCGGCUGGGCGCCGGGAGGGAGCGCGCCCCGGGUCACGCCAGCGCCCGCGAGCCGAGCGGCCGGGACGCGCGCCAUGGACCCGAAGACGGGCGGCGGCGACGAGGAGGAGGAGGAGGAGGACUGCGUGGACUCGGGCGCCGAGACCGGAGGGUCUGACUACAGCCACCUGUCCUCCACCAGCAGUGAGCUCUCCGUGGAGGAGGCGCAGGACCCGUUCCUGGUCAGCGUGCACAUCAUCACGGACCCCGGGGAGGCUCGGCCCCUGCAGGAGGCCAUCGACCAGGUGCUGGCGUGGGUGCACCCGGGGCUGCCGCUGUUCCGCGUGUCGGAGCGGGGCGCGAGCCGGCGGCGGCGCAGGGCGGCCCGGGGGGGCGCGCAGCCUGCGCUGGCCGUGGUGCUGUUCCUGCAGGAGGAGCGCGGAGAGGAGCAGAUCCUGCGGCUGCACCGCGCGCUGCGCCGGCCGCCCUGGCGCCUGCACCACACGGAGCGCGUGCAGGGCCGGCUGCUGCCCUACCUGCCCGGCAGCCAGGACUUCUUCGCGCUGGCGCCCGGGGCGCCUCUGUGGGCCGUGCGCCCGGUGCACUACGGCCGCGAGAUCGUGCGCUUCACCGUGUACUGCAGCCACGGCCGCUACGCCGACAGCCUGCGCUUCUAUCAGCUGCUGCUGCGGCGCCGCCCCAGCCAGCGCAAGGCCGACUUCUGCAUCUUCCCGGUCUUCUCCGGCCUGGACGUGGACAUCCAGUUCUCCCUGAAGAGGCUGCCCUGCGGCCAGAGCCCGGUCCCCGCCGACUCCUCGGUGCUGGAGUUCCGCGUGAAGGACAUCGGCGAGCUGGUGCCCCUCCUGCCCAACCCCUGCAGCCCCAUCAGCGAGGGGCGCUGGCAGACGGAGGACCACGACGGCAACAAGGUCCUUCUGCAGGCACAGAGGGUGCACAAGAAGGUCCCCAGGCCUGGCCGAGCGCACCACUGCUCCGGGAAGAGACCUCAUUCCAUCCCUUCGCCAUGUGCUACCGCAGCAAGCCCUAUGCCUGGCAGCAGCCACCAGCCCUCCCUCAACAAUCCACACCUGGGGUCCAGCUGGACAGGGCUGCCUCCUGGGCACCAGCAGGGACUUGCUGAACAAGCCAACAGUAUCCCCAGCCCUCCCUGGUGUUUCCAGAGAAGCAAGUCCUUGUUUUGUUUGCCUACAGAAGGCCCCUCCCCGGCCUCCUUAGAGGAACCACAUUGGUUUUCAAACACAGGCACUCGAGGGCACAGGGCAUCGGAGCAGAGGCACGGCCAUCUCCUCUCCAUUGAUGACCUAGAGGGGGCCCAGGAGACAGAUGUGGACACUGGCCUGCGGCUGUCCUCCUCAGACCUGUCUGUGGUGUCUGCAUACUCCGCUCCCAGCAGGUUCUGCAGCAUGGCAGAAACACCUCUGCCCUCCGAGGGAUGCAGCAGCCGUUGGUCAACACACAAGGAUUCUAGAGAAGGACCACUGCCCACUGUCAGUAGGGGGGCCACAGCGGCCCUCUGGGCUUCCCUCCCUUUCUUUACCAAAGGGUCUUCCUGCUCCUCAGUGACAGCUGGUACUUCUCCCCUGUCUCCCAGUGCCUCGCCCUGCACAGACUCCUCCCCACUACUCCCUUCUGACUCUCCCAGAGCAGGGCAGACUGGCAGAGAUGGGCCACCACCCCCAGGGCCUCCCGGUCCUGCAGAUAAUGACAUGGAAGAAUUCUACAUCUGAUCACCCUGUCUGUUGUUCUUCAACUCACAAACUCACGCUGGACAUACCAGUGUUCUUAGUUACAAGGAUCACUAAGACAGGUGCCCACCACCACCCCUCCUCGGCUGAGAGGUGAUAGAUUUCUAGGGACUCCGUGGGAAAAAACUCAUUUUUAUGCAAAUAAAUUCUCAACAAAUUUAAGUUGUAAGAUACAUUUUUUGAAUAGUCAGCAUUUGAGAUAGGGUCUGGUGGGCUUAUGCAAUUUAAAUGCUUCCUAUCAUUUUUUAAAUGAAAAGAAAACCUAGUCAGCUGGAGCCUGUUCAGCAAUUUUUCAUGGUGUGAAGGAAAAAAAAAAUUAAGUCCGAAAUGUUGAAUGUGGGAGAGACCCGGUGACACGUGGGAGAGGUUGGUGCUUGGUGCCAGGCAGCAUGCCUUCCUGAGUUCUUCGGUUCUUUAUCUGUAUUUCACUGUCAGGGAAUGGUGGCCCUGAGAAGUUUUAAGCUCUACUUAAGUGGAAAAAACACCUUGAUAAAACAGCUGAAACACACAGAAGACUACUGGUAGUUCUUCCCUGAAAAGCCAUGCAAUAUCUGAAAACUCUGGAUUUACACAAAAGUGGCUGAUGUGCUCUUAAAAAAUUAGCAUGAGUAGGGUGGCACCUGUGGCUCAGUGGGUAGGGCGCCAACCCCAUAUGCCGAGCAUGGCGGGUUCAAACCUAGCCCCAGCCAAACUGCAAGAAAAAAAUAGCCAGGCGUUGUGGCGGGCGCCUGUAGUCCCA